GAGCACUUCCUUUAGGGGAGGGGGACGGAGGAGGGUACACGGGGCUUGCAGCUGGCCUUGCAGGAGUAGAGGGGUUCGUCUCAUAAUCUGAUAGUGCCUGUGCAUGACAUUAAUGGCACUCUCCGUCACUUUAUCGUAAGGCGAGCUUUUUGUAAAUCGCUUCCUCCUGAUGCUGCUGGUUCUGAUGGUGCUGCUGCUCCUGUACAACCGGCUGAUGAGGCCACCCGUGCCCCGCAGAUACUCAGGCUCAAAGAAAGAGCAUGUGCAUGUCCCAAAGAGUUCCCCAGAACAGGAACUGGACUCGGAAGAACGGAGUUCCAUUCCUGUGGUGAUCUGUGCGAGUGAAGAGCGUCUCGGGGGUGCCAUGGCAACCAUCAACAGUGUGCAAAGCAACACGGAAGCCAGUGUGUUUUUCUACAUAAUCACCUUGCGGGAUUCCAUCAAGCGCGUCAAACAGUACAUAGAGAACACCCAACUGAAGAAGAUCAAGUAUAAGAUUCUGGAGUUUAACCCCAUGGUGUUGAAGGGCAAAGUCAAACCGGAGUCGUCCCGGCCUGACCUGCUUCGCCCUCUCAACUUUGUGCGUUUCUACCUCCCCUUGCUGGCCAUCAACCAAAAGAAGCUCAUCUACCUGGACGACGAUAUAAUUGUGCAAGGUGACAUCAAGGGCCUGUACCAGAUCAAGCUCCAGUCGGGACACGCCGCAGCGUUCGCCUCAGAUUGUGACCUCCCUUCCUCUCAUGAGAUGGUGCGCAGCGUUGGAAUGCAGCCCAUCUCCCAGACAACCUACAUGGGCUUCCUGGAUUACAGGAAACAGGAAGUGCGGGACCUGGGCAUCAACCCCACCAAGUGCUCGUUCAAUCCAGGUGUAUUUGUGGCUGACAUCGGCGAGUGGAAACGGCAGAAGAUCACCAAACAGCUGGAGAGGUGGCUGAUGGAGAACUUCAGGGAUAACCUUUACAGCAGCGCAAUGGCCGGGGGUGUGGCAACCCCCCCAAUGCUGAUCGUGUUCAAUGACAAAUACACAACCAUUGACCCACUGUGGCACGUCAGACACCUGGGCUGGAGUCCAGAUGCCCGCUAUGCUGAGUCCUUCCUGCAGAAGGCGCAGCUGCUUCACUGGAACGGCCGCUUCAAGCCCUGGGACUUCCCCUGCGUGCACAUGGAGCGCUGGGAGAAGUGGUUCAUCCCCGACCCAUCAGGGCGCUUCUCCCUCAUACGGCCAUAAGGGGGCGCCCUGGCCUCCUUAGCAAUCUGUUCCCAAUCAUUUUCAGCAUCACUGAGAUUGGAUCUAACUGUGAAUUGUUUGUUCAUUGAGAUAAAUAGACACACACACACACACACACACACACAAAAUGUACACACACUCACACAUACACAAACACAAUUAAUCAACUAAUCAAACAGACACACACACUCACACACACACACACUGCUGUCACUGGUUGGUAAAACCACUGAAAUCAGUGAGAGUUUGUGUGCUUAAUGGUCUGAGCACAAGUAAUAUGUGGUGGCUCUAUAAAAUGCAUUAGAGAGACAUUAAAGGUACAGUCUUUGAUUCUGGUAAAAGGUUAUUGAUGUUUGAUCUCAAGAGCCAAUCAAAUUACAGU